GCGCGAACUAUGAAUGAAAUCUGAAAUAGUAUCGCAAUUAGAGGUUAUGUUGUUUUUAAGUUUUGCUUGUGUUGCUUUUACUUAAAGAUUUACGUGAUAAUGGAUUGGAAUGAAAUUUUAUCAGAUGUAGAAGACAUUAAUGAUCCUACUAUAUACGAAAAAGUACUUAUUGCUAUUGAUGACAUUUACUGCGAAGAUGAAGACUUUAUGCAGUUGUUAAUAAGUAAACUUGAUAAUAUGCAUGUGACAUGGGAGCAGCCGUGGUAUCAAACUUCCCUUUGUCUUACACGUUGCACAGUAGCAAACUGUGAAGAUGACGAAAAACGAGAGAAAUUUAGAACAACCCAUUUCACAAAAAAAGAAUGUGAACAAAUAAAAGAGAAUUGGGCUAAUUUUAUUGAGGAAUAUGAAGUUCCUGACAUGUUGCAAUCUUUUGCACGCUGGAAAAAUAGAGAUUGUAAGAACCCUUCCUCGCCACAUGAGAAAGUUAGAAGAUUUGUAACUGCUUAUUUAGCCCAAGGACUUGAAAGAAAUAUGCAUCAAGUUUAUCAGUAUGUUGUAAAACACUUUGGUACUCCUGUUAAAGGAAAUUAUUCAGAUGUUGAGAAAAAGUUGUUUAAUAUUUGUUUUUAUUUUAAUGAAAAGCAUGCUGUCAAAAAUCUAUCACUACUUCUUGGAAGGGAUCCUCGGGGUAUUUAUAAACAACUUCAUCAAAUGAAUGAAGGUAAACCAGAGAAGAAAAAGUUAAAAUGGACCUUACCACUAGCUACAAAAUUUGUAAACUUGCUCCUAAAAUACUCAAAUGGCUCUCUAGAAGAAUUGAAAUAUAAAAGGUUUGAUAAGUCAGUUUGGCUCCAACUAGAAAGUGAUAUGGACCAGCAAUACCAAUAUCUACAAAAAUCCUGGUAUAAUGCAUUACAUGUUCAAAUUUUUGUAAAACAGGAUGUAAAGAUGAACAGGCUAAGGAAAAAGAUUAUUCGCAUAUUGCGAGAUAGCCCUUAUGAAGUAUGGAGGGAUAUUUGUUGGAAAGAUUUGCCAAAGCAUUUUCCAGAUGGUUUUACUCAUACAUUUCUGUAUAAAAAUUUCACAUGUCUUUUGGCUGGAAAAACUGAUUAUUUGAAGCAACCACUGCCAGAAGUUUUAGAUUACAUUUUACAUAAAGUAAAUACUGGACGAAAAAAUAAAAGGUUAAGAACUUUGUCAUAUGAAAAUGGUAAUCUUGAAUUAAUCAGUUACAAGAAAAAGGAUAGCCAAAAUCAAAGCAUGGAAGAAUGAUUAAAUUAUUGUUUUAUUCAUUUAUUCCAUUAUGACCAUUCUAAGAUCUUGAAACAUGAGUCGUUCAUGUGUGUAUUGUAACGCAAGUGUUCUUAAACUUGUGUUCAUUUCUUUAUUAAAGUUUCAAGGUAUAUGAAAUUGAGAUAUGUAUCUGAAAU